GCAACAUUAAGAAUUCGAUAUGCGCCAUUGAUUGUGCUGACGGCGUGCAAGAAGCCUGGGCUAGGCUCAGACUGGGAACCUGACAAUCAGGUCUGCAAUCACUCACAGUUGGAAGAAUUGAAGCACAGUCGCACAGUGGCUCCCAACUAGAUGGACGCGAUAUCCAGUGCAUGUCCAAAUGGGAUUCACCGGAUUCACCUGAUUCUGGUGCACGGCAUCAUCCACCAGAAAAGGCGACCAUGACUUGAGGCGACCAUGACCUGUAUUUCACCAGUGAAAUACCAAGGCGACCUCCCAAGGAUCAACUGGGUUCACAGAGAAGAUGCCGCUCUUGGAUGCUUCACAAGAGAUAUUUUGGUCAGGUUCAGGACGUCUUUGGACAGUGUCUGGCUUUGGGAAGGACGCUGCCUGGCCAGGUUCACCUGUUUGCAGGACAUGGCUCUGGAGACUGCCAGGCGCAGCCUGGAUACUGGUGCCCCGGAGGCUGCGCUGAGCGAAGCAAAGCAGGUGGCGGAUGCCGCACUUGCCAGCAACGACCUGCGAUUAGCUGCAGAGGCUAUCAGUCUUCAAUCCUUGGCGCUACUGAAGACGCAGCGCCUUGUGGAAGCCCGACAGCUGCUGCAGCAACAGCUGAGCGUGACCCGCACGGCAGGUCAUCAAGCGGCUGAGCUCAUUUUGCUCGCCGCCUCUUCCUCGGCGGCUCUCGCGCAGAAUGACCUCCCAACGGCCAAGAUGACGGCUGAGGAGGGUGUAGCACUGGUCAAAAGACUUGGCUCCUCUUUCGAGAAGAGCAACAGGAAGCUGCUGCUGCAGCUGCUCAUUGCCAAGGGCAAUGCGCAGCUCAUGGACCAGAACUUGCCGGAAGCCGCCAAGGCCGCGGUCGAGGCGCUGACUGUUGGGCGAGCUAGUCACGAUGAAGAGGGUCAGUGUGAAGCGCUUCACUUGAUUUGCCUGCUUCACUUGGUCUUCGGAAGGAGUGCCGCCCAAAAAGCUGUAGCGCAAGUCUUCCAUGAAGGAACUCCGCCCUUGUCAUCGCUGGAGUCCUCCAAUCAAGCAGCUGCCCUGCUCCGAAAGCUUGGAGACAAGGAGGGCGAGGCCAUCGCCCUGCUGAGCAUCGCCGAGUGCCGCCUGGAGGCGCCGAAUCGCCCAGAGGCGCUGGGCGCCGCCCAGCGCGCGCGGCAGCUGUUCCGAGAGGAGCGGCACCGGCGAGGGCGGCUGCAGGCGUUGGAACUCAUGGCGAGGGCCUGGCAGGAGACCUUGCCAGCCUUGGAGGCCACAGAGGAGGAGCUGGUUCUGUUCAAGGAAGAAGGUGAUGAGGCAGGGCAGGUGGACGCACUGCGGACCUUGGCAGAUUUCUAUACCUCAGCAAGGAUGUAUGGUGAGGCUCGAAGUGCCAUUCGCAAAGCUUUGGAGCUGCUGGCAGAUAAGGAUGCUGUGGAGAAGGAAGUGAAGAGCUUCAUGUUGCUCUCUCACAUCGAAGAGAUCACUGGACGAACAGACGAGGCAGUGAAGAUGGCGGAGAGAGCUUUGAGCCUCAGCAAACGAUCGGCUGAUGCACUCUCCCUCUCCCAAGCUCGACGAUUGGUGAGCCGCCUCUAUGUGCAAACUGGCAAGAGCCAAGAUGCUCCAAAUCGCCGGGAAGCACUCGAAAGCCUAAGAGACCUAACUGAGGCAGUGCGCAAGCGCGAUGACAAGUUGUUUCAAGCAACCAUGAGCACUUUGGAAGAGCUCUCUGGCUACACUGAGGCUGAUGUGAAAUCUGCAUUGGUCGUGGAAGACGAUCCAGACCAAGCAAGUCUCAUGCGCUUCCUCAAGCAGCAAGGGCAGAUGAAAUCCGCUGCACGUGGCAGCUCCACUGUGAUGGCGGCUUUGAGUCAUGCCCUUCUCUAUCUUUCCUUCCGUCUAGGUGGCCUUGGAUAUGGACCCAGAUUUCGCCGGUGCUAUGCCUACGGCGUGAAGGGUCAAGAUGAAGAUGACAUGACAGCAGUGGCAUACCUGCGACACCUCUCUUCGCAGGAAGAAUGGUCCAAGAACAUGGAGAUCCAACCUCCGAUGCUGGAUUCGAUGCAACACUCCUUGAAUGCCAUCUCGAUGACCUGAGAGCCAGCGUAGCACCGCUAGAGCCAGCGUAGCGCCGCUGCCAGCGUUUUGCGCGUCGCCCUCGUGCCAGCUGCGGCCCAUCUUCGG